UUGUUUAUUUUGGUAAACAUAACCCUAAAUUUAAAAAAAUCAUUUUUUAAUUUAAAUCUUUUUAAUAAAAAAAAUAAUAUAAAAUAUGGCUAAUAUAGCCUUAAGUGAAGCAGAAAAAACAUUUAUAUUACAUGGCGUAGAGGAAGAUUUUCGUUGUGAUGGUCGCUCACGUCGAGAUUACCGACCCAUGGAAAUAGAAUGUGAAGUGGUCAGUAAUGCCAGUGGUUCGGCUAGAUUACGUUUGGCAAAUACGGAUAUAUUAGUGGGUGUUAAAUGUGAAAUAGAUAAACCCUCACCACUAUUUCCUAAUCAAGGAAAAAUUGAAUUCUUUGUGGAUUGUUCUGCUAAUGCUACGCCAGAAUUUGAAGGAAGAGGUGGUGAAGAUUUGGCUUUGGAAUUAUCAGAUACUUUGGCAAAUGCCUAUGAGUCACCUUUGGCUUUCGAUUUGAAGCCGUUGUGUAUAUUGCCGGGCCAACAAUGUUGGAAAUUAUAUGUAGAUAUUUUGAUUUUAGAAUGUGGUGGUAAUUUAUUCGAUGCUGUUUCCUUAGCUGCCAAAGCAGCCAUAUUUAAUUGUAAAAUUCCUCGAGUCACAGCCGCCUUAAUGGAUGCCGGUGAAGCUGAGCUUAUAAUUAGUGAUGAUCCUUAUGACUGCACCCGCAUAGAUAUAGAAAAUAUACCUAUAUUGGUAACAGUUUGUAAAAUUGGCGAUUGCUGUUUGGUAGAUCCCUCGGCAGAGGAGGAAGAAUGUAGUACUGCUAGUGUAGUAGUGGCGGUCUCAAAACGCAACAACAAAAAUUACGUUUCUCAUACCCAUACGGUGGGUGGCGGUUCCCUACAUAAAGACACAAUGUACAAUUGCUUAAAAUUGGGCAUGUCGGCCGCCGACUGUUUGAAUGACGCUUUGGUUAAAGCUAUAAAAUUGGAGGAAAGUCGUGUUGGUCCCAAAAAAAGGGAAACUGUUGGUUUCUUGAAAUAAAACGAUACUUUUAAUUAUUUUAAUUUGGUUAGUGUAAAACCAAUAUAUUUUUAAGUUUUAUUAAAAAAAAAGAAACAAAAAAGCCCAUAAAUUGUUAUUCAAAUACAUAAAUUUUUUGAUAUAGUAAAUUUAAACUAAAUCACGU